ACAAGCGCGUGCACUUUUCAAUCAGAUUAAUUGGACCGGUACCUGCGUGUGGGCGGGGCCAAAAUUCAAAGUUAGCGCCUGUCCACGUCAGCCUGGAAUAAAAUGGCAGGAGUCUUACCUGCUGUCUUUGUGGAAGACUCAGACAGCGAGGGGACAUUUCAUGGCUUCUCUGACACUGAACUCAAGAAUCUAAGUAUUGAAGAUGAAGCCCAGCUUAACCUUUCACCCGAGAAGCAGAAAGCCACAUCCAAACCACCUGCCUUCAGGCUGAGGGUGGCCCUCCGCUCCACUCCCUCCACCCAGAAGACCACGGAUGAUGCUGAUGCUGAUGAUGAUGAGGAGGAGGCAGAAGAAGAGGAAGAAAAAAGGGGGAAGAAGAAGAGGGCAGGAAGAACCGGUCCAGCGUGGAAGAAGAGACGUGUUAAAUUCGAAGAUGAAGAGACGGCAGUGGCUUGGCCGAAGACUGAGGAGGCUGGAUGUGAUUCAGGAGAAGAAGUGUUGGAUGUUUUCCUGGCGAAGAGAGAGCAGAACAUCAAGGCCAACAAAGCAAUGCUGGCCCAGCUAAUGGCAGACCUGCACAAAAUGCCAGGGGUCGGAGGGUUUCUGACAAAACAAGUCGGCAAGCAGAAGACAAAAGAGAGAAGCUCUCGCCCACCACGCUCUGGUGCAGCUGCACCGGAGUCCAGGAGGAACCCGGAUCGGGCGUCCCGCAGACAGACCCGCUCGAUGGGGGGGAAGGAGGAUUCUUCAGCCCCUAAGGAGGAAGAACUUGAGCUCAGCUUGGAGGAGGAGCUGCUGGAGGUUCGUCGAGCCCCACAGCGGCGUGGCACCCCGCGGCCCAGCCAGUCCAAACCUCAUCUUAUCCGUCCUGUGGACGACAUCACAGAGGACGAGCUCCUGCUGGUCGCAGACAACAUGACCGAGAAAGUUUACAACAGCGUCUCAGGCUCCACGUGUCAUCAGUGCCGUCAGAAAACCAUUGACACCAAGACGUGUUGUCGUAAUGAAGGCUGCCGGGGGAUCCAUGGUCAGUUCUGUGGGCCGUGCCUGAGGAACAGAUACGGAGAGGACGUCAGGAAGGCGCUGCUGGAUCCGGAGUGGAAGUGCCCCCCCUGUCGAGGUAUUUGCAACUGCAGCUUCUGCCGUCAGCGUGACGGUCGCUGCCCGACAGGCAUCCUGUUCCCACUCGCUCAAUAUCACGGCUUCUCUAACGUCCACUCCUACCUCAGCAGCCUCCGCAGCAAACUGAAGAGUGAGGAUGACGACGUGGAGACGUGAUUUUUACACAACAUGGAUCAACUGUUCAAAUGUUUUUUAUCUUCGUGUAGUUUUGAGUCUUUGUCUAAGUUCUAGCAAAACAAAGACAUGUGUUUUCAAACAAAUAAAGUAUAUUUUGGUGAA